AUGGUCAAUCUGAAGUUGUUCUCUGUUAUUGAGUUGAUGAACAAGAUUCCACUGAAGAACUGGGCUUCUCAUGAGUUUCUUGGGGAAAGGUAUGGAGAACUUACAUCCAAUGUAGUUGAAAGCUUUAACAGCCUAAUUAGGCACGAAAAGCGACUUCAAGCCAUCGAGUUGAUUGAAUGUAUUCGUGCUCGUACAAUGGAGACAAUGUGGAAGAGGAAGCUUGUAGCUAGCAAAUGGACUACAAGACUUACCCCUAAGAUGCAAGUAAGGUUAGACAAGAGGAUAACUGACUGUCGUAGAUACAAGAUGCGUCGAGCCAGUGAAAAGGUAUUUGAGAUCAUAACUAAUACCGGGAAGCAUACUAUAGACUUGGACUCCAAGACCUGCACUUGUCAGUGGUGGAAAAAACAAAGCUUCCCCUGCAGUCAUUCCGUGAAACCAAUGGUGCAUAUUGGUGAGGAAGAGGUAUACAAGCACAUCACUCCUUACUACACUGCCGAAUAUUAUAGAGGUCUGUACUCAAAACCUAUCUAUCCCAUUCCUAACGGAGACAAGCCGGAUGAGAUUUCUCGUAAUAAAUAUGUCAUGCCUCCCCCUGUGGGACCAAAAGUUGGAAGACCAAACUUUGUUCGUAAACGCAGUUACCAUGAGAAAUUUCGCAAGAAGAGAAAGUGUGUCCGUUGUGGAAUGCUUGUAUACCAUAAUCGUAGAACAUGUCGUAGUGCUCCAUUGGCCCCUCUCCCACCAAUAUUCAAGAACCAGUCUAGGAUUGGAAAGUUCUACAUGAUGAUGUUCCAAUGA